CGAAGGAACACCUAUGAUCUCCCACUCCCUGCCUCAUCGUCAAUUCAGGUACACAUCCCCCACCUGAGAGUAUCCUUUCGCUUGUUAUAAUAUCCGAGUCCCAGUGGAACGUUCUCUCAGUUUUUCUUACGAUCAAGGAAGAGAUACAAACUCUUUCGUAACAUGACGCGAUUCCCUAUUAUUAGUGCCUUUGUGCUGCUCUGUGGAUCGAACAUAAAUGCAGAGGCACCAUGCAAAUUAUCGCCAUGCAUUACUGUCGACAUUUACUACGAGUCGCUCUGUGGAGACAGCAUGAUGUUCAUAAGAAAUGAAUUGGUGCCUUCGUAUCCUGCACUCAAGGAUUACCUCAACAUCAAUUUUGUGCCCUAUGGAAAGGCUACUACUAAACUAAACGAGUCAAAAAAAUACUCGUUCACAUGUCAGCACGGCUCGACCGAGUGUCAAGGAAACAAGGCCCAAGUAUGUGGAUACGACGCUAUCCUCAGCUCGACGAAAUCCUUCGAGGAGAAGCAAUCUCUGGCUGUAUCUCUCAUCGGUUGUGUCAUGUCCAACAAUAAUCCAGCCACAGCUGUGCCACAAUGCGCUGAGACCGCAGGAUUGAGCGAAGAGACAAGGAAGAUAAUCGACGAUUGCAUCAAAUCGGAAACUGGGGAUGCCCUUCUGGCUGCCUAUGGCGAUAAGACACACGAUCUCAAGCCUUCACUGGCAUUCGUGCCUACUAUUGUUCUCGAUGGGGUAUACUCCCAGGAAAAUCAAACGGCAGCAGUUUCCGACUUCAAGAAACUCAUCUGCAGUCGCAUUCCCUCCGAGAGCAAGCCAGCAACUUGUUCGAAUUGAAUAAAUCAAGAAUGAAGUUUUUUCAAUUCUUUUCGAAUGAUUUAUUCCCCGUUUUAUGCAUGAACUAUGUGAUUUUGUCAUUGGAAAGUUAAUGAAUAGAUUAAUUGAGUGAAUUAUGAAAUGUAAAGAAAUUAUGAAGAAUAAACGAAUGGUGAUUUAUGGGAA